CUUCCUCCGGGCUCCCCGAAGCCGGGGCGGUUUGAUCUGGGGCGGGAGUGGCGGCCUCUCUCUGGGCAUGCUCAGUCGCAGGCUAAGUGGCUAGUGAAGCAGAGCGUCGGCGGAGUGCAGCGGGACGUGCAGAGAGGGCUGAGCGGAGCUUGCCGCCCGAGCCGAGCAGAGCCGAGCAGCGCCGAGAGGAACCGAGCGUCGGUCUUGGGGAGACAUGCAGAUGAUGACUAGGAACGUCCUGCUCAACAUGGAGCUGGAAGAGGACGACGAUGAGGAUGGAGACAUCGGUGAUGUUCCUGACUCCAGGAGGCCUUUUCUGGCUCCUCACACUCUUCACCCAUCCGGUCUGGUGCUGGAAAACUUUGACCAGACAAUUGUCUGCCCCACCUUCGGCUCACUGGAGAACCAGCAGGAUUUCCGAACUCCAGAGUUUGAAGAAUUUAACGGAAAACCCGACUCCCUGUUUUUUACCGAUGGCCAGAGACGAAUUGACUUCGUUCUUGUGUAUGAGGAUGAAAGUAAAAAGGAGAACAACAAAAAGGGGACAAAUGAAAAACAGAAGAGGAAAAGACAAGCAUAUGAAUCUAACCUCAUCUGUCACGGCCUGCAGCUGGAGGCAACAAGAUCAGUUUCAGAUGACAAGCUUGUGUUCGUGAAGGUGCAUGCCCCCUGGGAAGUGCUGUGCACCUAUGCUGAAAUCAUGCACAUCAAACUCCCCCUAAAGCCAAAUGACCUGAAAAUGCGCUCAGCCUUCGGCACCCUCAACUGGUUCACCAAGGUCCUCCGCGUGAACGAGAGUGUCAUCAAGCCGGAACAGGAGUUCUUCACUGCCCCGUUUGAGAAGAGCCGCAUGAAUGAUUUUUAUAUUCUUGAUAGAGAUUCCUUCUUCAACCCUGCCACCAGAAGCCGCAUUGUUUAUUUCAUCCUCUCUCGGGUCAAAUACCAAGUGAUGAACAACGUUAGCAAAUUUGGGAUUAAUAGACUGGUCAGUUCUGGAAUCUACAAGGCAGCGUUCCCUCUGCACGACUGUAAAUUCAACUAUGAGUCGGAGGACCCCAGCUGUCCUAGUGAGCGCUACCUUCUGUACCGGGAAUGGGCCCAUCCUCGAAGCAUAUACAAGAAGCAGCCCUUGGAUCUUAUCAGGAAGUAUUAUGGAGAGAAGAUUGGAAUCUACUUUGCUUGGCUGGGCUAUUACACGCAGAUGCUCCUGCUAGCAGCAGUGGUGGGCGUGGCCUGCUUCCUCUAUGGGUACCUUAAUCAGGAUAACUGCACUUGGAGCAAAGAGGUCUGUGAUCCAGAUAUCGGUGGCCAGAUCCUGAUGUGUCCACAGUGUGACAGGCUGUGUCCCUUCUGGAGGCUGAAUAUCACCUGUGAAUCGUCUAAGAAAUUGUGCAUCUUUGACAGUUUCGGAACCCUGAUCUUUGCAGUAUUUAUGGGAGUGUGGGUCACGUUGUUUUUGGAGUUUUGGAAGCGGCGCCAGGCAGAGCUCGAGUAUGAAUGGGACACUGUUGAGCUCCAGCAGGAGGAACAGGCCCGGCCGGAAUACGAAGCCCAGUGCAAUCACGUGGUAAUAAACGAGAUCACUCAGGAAGAGGAGCGUAUCCCAUUUACCACCUGUGGGAAGUGUAUCCGGAUUACCCUGUGUGCAAGUGCUGUCUUCUUCUGGAUCCUGCUCAUCAUCGCUUCCGUGAUCGGAAUCAUCGUCUACCGGCUGUCCGUGUUCAUUGUGUUUUCUACAACCCUCCCCAAGAACCCCAAUGGCACAGACCCGAUCCAGAAGUACCUGACGCCACAGAUGGCCACGUCCAUCACGGCCUCCAUCAUCAGCUUCAUCAUCAUCAUGAUUCUGAACACCAUCUACGAGAAGGUGGCCAUCAUGAUCACCAACUUCGAACUCCCAAGGACCCAGACGGAUUAUGAGAACAGCCUGACCAUGAAGAUGUUCUUGUUCCAGUUCGUCAACUACUACUCCUCGUGUUUCUACAUUGCGUUCUUUAAGGGCAAAUUCGUAGGCUAUCCGGGGGACCCGGUGUACUGGCUGGGCAAAUACAGAAACGAGGAGUGCGACCCAGGAGGCUGUCUCCUUGAGCUGACCACACAGCUGACCAUCAUCAUGGGAGGGAAGGCGAUCUGGAAUAACAUCCAAGAAGUAUUGCUCCCAUGGGUCAUGAAUCUAAUUGGACGAUAUCAAAGAGUCUCUGGAUCAGAAAGGAUUACCCCACGAUGGGAACAGGAUUACCAUCUGCAGCCCAUGGGCAAGCUGGGAUUGUUUUAUGAGUACCUUGAAAUGAUUAUUCAGUUUGGGUUCGUCACCUUAUUUGUGGCCUCUUUCCCACUGGCUCCCCUGCUGGCCCUGGUGAACAAUAUAUUGGAAAUAAGAGUGGACGCCUGGAAGCUGACAACUCAGUUUAGACGCAUGGUGCCAGAAAAAGCUCGGGAUAUCGGCGCGUGGCAGCCCAUCAUGCAAGGAAUAGCCAUCCUGGCGGUGGUGACCAACGCCAUGAUCAUCGCCUUCACGUCCGACAUGAUCCCCCGCCUGGUGUACUACUGGUCCUUCUCCAUCCCUCCCUAUGGGGAGCACACUCACUACACUAUGGACGGCUACAUCAACAACACUCUCUCCGUCUUCAACAUCACCGACUUCAAAAACACGGACAAAGAAAACCCAUACAUUGGGCUGGGUAACUACACCUUGUGCAGGUACCGUGACUUCCGGAACCCGCCUGGGCACCCACAAGAAUACAAACACAACAUCUACUAUUGGCACGUGAUUGCUGCCAAGCUGGCUUUUAUCAUUGUCAUGGAGCACAUCAUCUACUCGGUGAAGUUUUUCAUUUCGUAUGCAAUUCCAGACGUGUCAAAAAUCACGAAAAGCAAGAUCAAGAGGGAGAAAUACCUCACGCAAAAGCUGCUUCAUGAGAGCCACCUCAAAGACCUGACCAAGAACAUGGGGCUCAUAGCCGAGAGGAUGGGAGGAGUGGUUGACAGCAGCCUGCGACCAAAACUCGAAUGAGGGACAGCUCUGUGUCCUGAGAAGCACUUUAAAAGUAAUCAGCUGUCAGGCUUGCCGUGAGUCACUA